GAAGAUGAGCGGAUGAGCGCUUGUUCCUCUGCAACUUUCUUUCCUCGCGCACAGACUUUGUCCACAAAGGGAAUUAAGAUGUCUCGUAAGAAGACAGGGAAGGGAAGAUCCACCUCCAGUCCAGCUGGGAAAGGGAGCACCGGGAAAGCACCGUGGAGCAGCCCGGGGAUCGUCCCCAUGAACGGGGUGGUCCAUCCCAGCAGACCCGCCAACAGCCACAGCAGCGAGUUCUAUGACAUCGCUUUUAAGGUGAUGCUGGUUGGAGACUCUGGAGUUGGGAAGACUUGUCUGCUGGUCCGAUUCAAGGACGGAGCGUUCCUGGCGGGCAGCUUCAUCUCCACUGUGGGCAUCGACUUCAGGAAUAAAGUCAUGACCAUGGACGGCCUGAAGGUCAAGCUCCAGAUUUGGGACACGGCUGGACAGGAGCGCUUCCGCAGUGUCACUCACGCUUACUACCGCGACGCCCACGCUCUGCUCCUGCUGUACGACGUCACCAGCAGGUCUUCGUUCGAGAAUAUCAGGGCCUGGCUGACUGAGAUCUAUGAAUAUGCCCAGCAGGACGUGGUGCUGAUGCUGCUCGGGAACAAGGCUGAUGUCACUCACGAGCGUGUGGUGAAGAGAGAGGAAGGCGAACGGCUCGCAAAGGAAUUUGGGGUCCCCUACAUGGAGACCAGCGCCAGGUCCGGUCUGAACGUGGAUCUGGCCUUCACUGCUGUGGCUAAGGAGCUCAAACACCGGUCCAUGAAGGAUCCCAGCGAGAAGUUUAAGCUCCAGGAUUAUGUAAACAAGGAGAUGAAGGGCACCGGCUGCUGCAGGUCAUAAAGCCCGUCACGUUUGGCACACUUUCAUGGCAGGUCUGGUUUGAAAGAGGUGAAAGAUGUUCAGCCCUUCUGAGUCCAGUGUCUCCCGCAGACUCAUUCAGUUCAGGACAGUGCUCCUACUUUCCAUCCAUCUUGUGUGUCCUUGUUUCCAUCCGCUGCAGCGGCUGAGAACACUGAGGAGCUAUGACGGAAUGUUAGAUGAUGAACCAUGCAUGUUGGAAACAAAAGUAAUUCCUAAAUUCUGUGUAUUUAUUUAAUUUAUUGUUGGUUCAAAGCCUGGUUCAAAGGUCAAAGCAGUAAAGUAACAUUUACACCAGCUCAAACGACAAGAAUGUUCCACCCCGCGCCUCCAGGGGGCGCUGCAGCACCUUUUUUAAUCUGCUUGAAUUUCCCAUAUAAUAAAGCGCUUAUCGGAACGGCUAGAUGUUUGACGGCUCCCUGGAGAUCUCAUGUAAAUAAGGUGUCAAAAUUUAGGUUCAGAAAAAAUAGCACUUUAGGGGAAAAAAAUCUUUUUUUCAAGCAGUAGUGUUGUGUAUUUGUUGUGGUGUGUUUUCUACAUGUUCCUUCAUAGCUUUCAGAGUUUUCUUUAAGGAAAAGAGUUUUUAAGAAGAAUCAAAGUGUAUUUGAGCAACAGACUAGUGAUGUUUUGUUUUCUACCCUUUUCUUUUUGCCAAAAAAAAAAAAAUUAUUUGCUUAUAUUUCUCAUGGUGGUCAUAAUGUUAUGGCUGAUUGACUUUCAUUUGUUGAUCUCAUUCAUUUGUUUGUAAAUGAACGUGAAACACAAUAAAACAAA